AUGGCUUACAACAAGUCCUACAACCCCGAUGCGCUGCCAGCAUUGCCCAUCCCCGCGACUGACUUCCAGCAGGUCGCCCAGUUGAUCGGCUCCAUGCAAGUAUCCUCACAACCACAGGCCCAGCGACCUCCUCGAACAUCGUCUCAUGCUCCGCCCGGCGGGCACCCCCAGAGAGUCCCCGUCACGAAUGCUCAGAUCAACAAACCCCUCCCUGCGACCGGACCGCCUCCCGCAAGCCAUGCGCGUCCGCAUCCGCUCCACCCCUCGCCUCCGCCCCAAAACUACGGCUUCGGGCCCCCUCCCUCGCAGCCCGUACGCAAUCGCCCUUCCCCAGUCUCGCGUCCACCUCAAUCCCCCCAUCCGCCUCCUCUGUCCGCCCCGCACGAUGAUCCCCAGCAGCUCUUCCCACUCUUCCGCGCUGCCAAUGCCUCACACUCGGGCGCUCUGACCGAGAUGGAGCUCGGAUCCGCCCUCGUGAACGGCGACUAUACCUCUUUCCAUCCCAAGACCGUCAAGAUGAUGAUCCGCAUGUUCGACCGGAACAGCAGCGGGACCAUCUCGUUCGACGAGUUCGUGGCGCUGUGGCGGUUCCUCGCUGCGUGGCGGGAGCUCUUUGACCGGUUUGACGAAGAUCGCAGUGGGCGCAUCAGUCUGCAGGAGUUUGAGAAAGCGCUGGUUGCGUUCGGGUAUAGGCUCAGCCAGCCAUUUGUCACGGUGCUCUUUACCACGUUUGAGAGCAAAAAACAACAAAUAAACGGGGGGCAUGGACCGGCCAAGGAUGGGAUGAGCUUCGAUCUCUUUGUGCAGGCGUGUAUCAGUCUCAGACGAAUGACGGACGUGUUCAAGCGGUAUGACGAGGAUCGGGACGGGUAUAUCACACUGAGCUUUGAGGAGUUUUUGACUGAGAUCUUACAGUUGCAGGACUAG